UCAGUACCACGUUUUGUGCUUCUUCUAGCACAUCGGGAGGUAACUCUUCUUCAGGAUUCAUUAUUAACACUGCAAACGUUUUCACAAAACAAUGGUACACGUGGGAUAAUACGGAUCUGUACCCAAACAACCAAUCACCAGCCGCCAACUCGUAAUACAAUUCCUGCAGGUCUGCAGUGAUCAAAACAGCUGGAAUUUGACAGUUUUGUGCGCAAGACGCAGAACGGGAACUUGGCACAUGGAAAAACUGACGUGGACGAAGAAUAGACAAAAGUAAUCUAUCAAAUUAAAACUUGUUUAUACCGUACCUAACAUAGAGUCUAUAUGCUCACAGAAUAGGAUCCAAAAUGAAGAUCUCCGUGGGAAUUUUGUGUUGCUUGGUAUGUUUGUUCACAUACUGUGAAAGUUUAGCAGUGAUGUCAGUAGACCUGGGCACGGAGUGGAUGAAAAUUGGAAUUGUGUCUCCAGGCGUGCCGAUGGAAAUCGCUUUAAAUAAAGAAUCCAAAAGAAAAAGCCCAGCGGUGAUAAGUUUUCGCGACAACGUGAGAACCUUUGGUGAAGACGCCCAAACGAUAGGUAUAAGGUUUCCAAAAAAUUCGUACAUGUACUUGCUUGAUUUGUUGGGGAAAAACAUUAAUCAUCCCUUGGUACAUUUGUACAAGCAACGUUUCCCGUACUAUGAGAUUGUAGAAGAUAAGGAAAGAGGAACAGUUUUGUUUAAACAUGAAGCAGAUGUGUAUUACAGCCCCGAGGAAUUAAUAGCACAAUUAUUAGCGAAAGCGAAGGAGUUUGCUGAAGCAGGCGCGAGACAACGCAUUAAGGAAUGUGUCAUAACUGUACCAGGUUAUUUCAACCAAGCGGAACGCAAAGCUUUAAUACAAGCCGCUCAGUUAGCUGAUCUGAAAGUUUUACAAUUAAUCAACGAUUACACAGCUGUGGCUCUAAAUUAUGGAAUUUUUAGGAGUAAAGAUUUUAAUGAGACUGCUCAGUAUGUGAUGUUUUACGAUAUGGGGGCGUCUUCCACCACCGCUACGUUAGUAAGUUAUCAGACAGUGAAAACUAAAGAAAGGGGUUAUGUAGAGACCCAUCCACAAUUAUCUAUUAUUGGUGUUGGCUUUGACAGAACAUUAGGAGGGUUAGAAAUACAAUUACGUUUAAGAGACCACCUUGCUGAACAAUUUAAUAAAGUUAAAAAAACAAAGACUAAUGUUUUCGACAAUCCUAGAGCCAUGGCCAAAUUAUUCAAGGAAGCUGGGAGGGUGAAAAAUGUAUUAUCAGCGAACGCAGAACAUUACGCGCAAAUUGAGGGGUUGUUGGAUGAAGAAGAUUUCAAAGUUCUUGUGACAAGAGAAGAUUUAGAAGGUUUGAUUAAAGAUUUGUUUGAAAGGGUUGGUAAACCUGUGGAACAAGCACUGAAGACCGCCCACUUGACUAAAGAUAUCAUAGGCCAAGUUGUUCUAGUAGGAGCGGGUACUAGAGUUCCUAAAGUACAAGAAUUUUUACAGAAAGCUGUUGGUCAAGAGUUGGCUAAGAAUUUAAACACUGAUGAAGCUGCUACUAUGGGCGCGGUUUAUAAAGCAGCGGACUUAAGUACGGGUUUCCAGGUGAAAAAAUUCUUAACAAAAGAUGCUGUUGUUUAUCCAAUUCAAGUUGUUUUUGAACGGGAAACUUCAGAAGGAAUCAGACAAGUGAAGCGUACCCUCUUUGGAUUAAUGAAUCCAUAUCCCCAGAAAAAAAUUAUCACUUUCAACAAAUAUACUACAGAUUUUAGUUUUUCUGUUAAUUACGCUGACUUGGAAUAUUUACCAAGCAACGAAGUAGCAAACGUCGGUGUUGUAAAUUUAACGGAAGUGAGCUUACAAGGAGUCGCGGAAGCUUUCAAGAAAAACACUGGUGAUAAUGUAGAAACGAAAGGAAUAAAAGCCCAUUUCGCUAUGGACGAGUCAGGAAUUUUAAAUCUGAUCGGCGUUGAACUCGUCGUUGAAAAAACUGUAACCGAAACUGAAGAAGAAGGAACGUUCUCGAAGCUUGGUAGUACAAUAAGCAAACUCUUUGGUGGUGAAGAAAAGCCUGUCCAUGAAGAACCAGAAGCAACACCAAAACCAGAAGAAACUGCCGAAGAAAAACCAAAAGAAGAACAAUCUAAAGAAGAAACUAAAAAUGAAACAGAAACAACUAGUAAAAAUGCAACUGAAAAAGAAGGACCAAAGGAAGUUAAGCCAAAAGUGGUCACAAUUAAAGAACCUAUAGAAUCUAAAGAAGUGUUCUUGACUGUCAACACUCUAAAUAAAGAACAGUUUGAUAAGUCCGUGGAUAAGUUAAGCAAACUGGACAAAGCCGAAAAAGAAUUAAAUAGGCGAGCGACAGCUUUGAACAACUUGGAAAGUUUCGUCAUAGACGUACAAAACAAACUCUAUGAAGACGACUUUGUUGCCGCCGCCACUGAAGAUGAAGUAAGCAAAAUUAAAAACUCAUGUUCGGAAGUUUCGGAUUGGUUGUAUGAAGACGGAUCCGACGCUGACGCCGAUACUUAUGAAAAGAAAUUAGAUACUUUGAGAACUCUCACCGCCGACUUAUUUAAGAGAGUUUGGGAGCAUAACGAACGACCUGAAGCGUUGAACGCAAUGAAUAGUAUGCUGAAUCACUCUGUGCAUUUUCUGGCUAACGCCAAGAAUUUAACGAAAACCGCGAAUCCAGAAAAAGAUGUUUUCACAGAUGUUGAGGUAGAAGCUUUAGAAAAAUUAAUAAAAGAAACUGAAGAGUGGAAAGACAAGAUGGUUGAAGAGCAAAGCAAAUUAAAGAAAUUUGAUCCCAUUAAGUUAACAGUGAGGUCCAUUACCGACAAAAUGGGAGCGUUGGAUAGGGAGGUUAAAUAUUUGGUGAACAAGAUAAAGUUGUGGAGACCGAAAAAAGUUGAAAAGUCGAAAGAAGAAACGGAACCUGAAAAGAAAGAAGAAUCGGAAGAAGGAAAAGUAAUUGAAGAGGAUGGUAAAGUGGAAGAAACAAUUGAAACACCACAAACCGAAACGCCAAUCAACGCGACUGAAACGGAAAAGGAGGAUAUCGAACCGACGAAAACUGCGGAGAGUGAUGAAACUCAUACAGAGCUGUAGUUAGUGUAAUUAUGAACAAUGUAGUGGUUUAUUUAUGUAAUUUGUUGGAACGUUUAAAUGCAGCACUCUUAAUGUUCAUACACUUCUUUGUUCAUCAUAUCUGUAUUUAAUAUGAAAUUUUGUGAUACAGACCUACUUACCUGACUUUUGUAAUUAUUUUUUAAUUUUGUUAUGAGAGGAGAUUUCAGAUUGUGUCGUGUAGAAAAUCAUUCCAGGGUGGAUUAAUUUAUUGUAGAAAAAUUACAAAUAUAUUUAUUACUCCAUAA